GCUUCAAGUUUCCCCCAAGUCCGUUGGCCUGUCCGAUGCCGACGCCCUGUGACGUAUCCAUCGAGUAGCCCGGCGAGCCCUCGUUGUUUCCGGCUCCAUUACUGUCGUUGUUUUCAAUUAUCAACGCAUCAUUCAUCUUCUCUCGGAUCCAUUUUCCGGGUCGCAUCUGCAUGCACACACAACAUCCCCAUACGCUCGUUACAAGCUGCCUGUUGCCGGCCAGCACAGCAAGAAACCAACUUCAUCUCACACCAACCCGCCGGCUUCCGGGUCCUAAGUAAUGGAGCGCCCCUCGCUCAUUUCCCGAAGCAGUUCAUCCCUCUCAAAUCUACUCUCCAAGGAUGAAAAGCCCCUCCUGCCUCACUCAGUCCGCGAGAGGCCCAAGCUUCGAGUACGGACAGUGCUGAGCCAUUGUCUGUACCGGAGGCUCAUCCUCUGGGCUGUUGCGGCCCUCCUUCUUUUAUCCCUCGCUCUAACCUCCAGCAAGAGCGGCCUUCGCAGGGAAAGAUUGCUCGAUUUAGUGAACGCCAAGCCACACGGGGAUGUGGGCGAUGAUGGUGUCAACGGCGCCAACAAUGGUGAACCGAAAGUUGUCGUGGUGGUGACGGGUUCGGAGAAAACGCAGGCCCCGGUUUGGCGUGAAGGCAUGCAACACUGGCUGAAGUUCAAGCAUCUCGACGGAUUCUUCGUCGGCCUCAAGGCCCUCGUUCCUGCUGCGGAACACAAACCCGAGCACCCUAGACGAAAGGGAGAAAAAUCACCGUUCCCACUCACAAUAUCGUACACAGGCCUGCCUACUCCCACCCCAUUCGUGCCGCAGCCCGAUUACGAAUCGCCGUCAUAUACAUCUCAACAUCACAAAGUCCAGCCCUGCUAUCUCGACAAGGACAACAAAAUCCCCGUCCCGGACCUCUUCGCUUACAAUGGUUUAGUCCAGGGCCAGGCAGAGCCCGUCAUUGGCUCCCAUAGCCUCUUGGGGUUGAGGGACGAUGUCUGCUUCGAUAGGUUCGGACGAUACGGCCCUUACGGGUUGGGCUACAGGUUCGAGGAAGGAGGGGUAGAAGUUGGCAUGGACACGGAGCAAGCAGGGAACGAAGCUGUGUGGGCCAAGACGGGCAAGAUCAAUUACGACACUAUGGACUGGGGCGAUGCGCAGUCCCGAUGCUACGAAUCCAACAAGGACCGUUUCGUCGACGCCAACUCCGCUAGUCAGCCAUCCACAACCUCGUCAGCCAAACACCCCGAGCGAACCUUUUCACACAGCGAGCGCCCGAAGGGUAAAAUAUCGCGGACCGCCGUCGUCGUUCGACUAUACACCGGAUACCAGUGGACGCACCACGCAGUCCUCAACUUCCGCGCCAUGAUAUCGGAGCUCGCUCUCAAGUCAGGCGGAGAAUACAACGUCCAUUUCCUGCUCCACGUCCGCGACGACAACGAAGCCAUCUGGGCGGACCCGGCAACGGUCCAAAGAGUCCUCGACGACAACGUCCCGGCCGAGUUCCACGGCAUCUGCACGCUCUGGUCGCAUGGCCAAAUGCGCCUCGUCUACCCCGGACAGUUCGGGCGUAGCUUCUCUAACCCCAGCGGCGGCGAUAUCCACGGCGUCUACCGGAGCGCCCACAUGCCCCUUCAGUACUUCGCCCUGAACCACCCCGAGUACGACCACUUUUGGAACUGGGAGUUGGAUAUGCGCUGGCUGGGCAACUACUACGAGCUCUUCGACCGCCUCGGGAAAUGGGGGAAGCAGCAGUCCCGCGUCGGAGCCUGGGAACGCUCCGCCAAAUACUACAUCCCGGGCUACCACGGCGACUGGGCCAACUUCACCGCCUUGGUACACCGCGAGACUGUUGCCAGUGGCCGCGGCGCCGUCUUCGGCCCUGUUGCUUUCCCCGGGCGCGUCCCGCUCCGCUCCGAGAGCGCGGGGCAGGGGUUCAUCCCGACGGAGUGCGCCACGCGCGCGGACCCGAACUGCGGCGUGGGUGAAGACGCCGACCUGAUCACGCUCAACCCGAUGUUCGACGCGGAGGACUCCGGAUGGGUGUUCUCGGGGGACGUGACGGGGUACAGCACGACGCUGCCGGUGCCGCCGCGGCGGUGCGCCAUCAUCACGGCGUCGCGCCUCAGCCGCCGCCUGCUGGGGGUCAUGCACGAGGAGAACUGGCGCCUGCACCACAGCAUGUUCAGCGAGAUGUUCCCGGCCUCGGUCGCCCUGCACCGCGGCCUCAAGGCCGUCUACGCGCCCCACCCCGUCUCCAUCGACCGCGAGUGGGACCUCGCCUCGGUCGACCGCGCCUUCAACGGCGGCCGCGACCACUCCAGCGGCGGCCGCGGCAGCCCCUUCGACCUGCGCAACGAGCACAACCACAAGGGCACCACCUGGUACUACCACAGCGAGUUCGCGGGACUACUCUGGAGGCGGUGGCUGGGCUAUGCGCAGCACGACGGGCGGGGCCCGAACGGCGGUCGCUCCGGCGAGGGCGCCCUCAGGGGAGGCAAGGUGGAGGAGGAGAGGGCGAGCAACACGGGCCGCAUGUGUCUGCGGAGCAUGCUGGUGCAUCCCAUCAAGUGGGAGCAUCCCAGUGAGCUCGAGGAUUACUAGGAGGUUGCCCCCCCCCCCCCCCCCCCCCACUCUGCAGUACUGCAGUACCUCCAACCCCUCCCUCUCCCCUUCUAUUUCUUUAGAUUGUCUUGUGUUUCUCUUAUUUUUCUUUUUCUCUCUGCAUGUAAUGACACGGAUGAUGGCGUUUGCGGGCUGCAUUU